CGCCAUGGCCUCUUUAACCGUCAGCUCGGCGGCUAGGAGCAUCGAGAAGCAUCGGAAGUCCUUCUCGCUGCUCUUCUACCGGGCAGUGCGGGACUUGAAACCGGUGUGGAUGCUGGAGGACAUGCGGACGAUGGAGACUUUUUACCAAGAGGAGGACGCCAGCCUGAGGACGUACACCCCUUCUGAGGCGUUGCUGUACGCUAUAGUGCACGACCACCAGGCGUACGCCCAGUAUCUGCUCAGCCGGUACACCGACGAAGCGUUAGCAAAGCCCGGGGAGCGCUUCUGCUGCUGCCCGUCCUCCGCCCCUCACCUAGCCAUGGCUGUCCGCUACGACAGGCGCUACAUUCUCGGCUUAAUCUUACAGGCGGUUCACCGUAUACCCAGCACGCCUUCCUACACCGACCGAGCCGGUUGUUUUCAUAUGGAGGACGGUAAAACCCCUCUACACCUAGCCUGCGAGCUGCUGCGGCCCGAGGCUGUGGUCAUGCUGCUGGGGAACGGUGCUUCCCCGCACGCCAAGGACCACAACGGCCUGACCCCGCUGGAUGUCAUCCUGGAGAAACUCAGGGACUCCAACGGGGUGAGCAACGGUGAGAGGAGGCAGUGUCUGGACAAUCUGCUCAUGUUCAUGCCAAAUGUUCACUUCAAAAUGAAGGGAGCUUUAGGCAGAGAGCCGGAGCGUUGGGAUAAGGUGCUGGGCGAGGAUACGUCCCAGUACCUGGCGGGGAGGAGGCCGGCCCCGCUGGUCCUCUGCGCCAUGCAGACUAUACUGAAGCAGCUGAGUCCGGCGACCUUCCCGGACAGCCUGCAUGAGCUGCCCAUCCCCUCCUCCCUCAAACCACCGGGUCUGCCUGUGAGCCAGCGGGACAGGCAGAGGAUGGUGUAG